AUGGGAAAUAAUCUUUGCUUCCAAACAGGUGAGAGAUCUUCACAGUUUCCUCAACUGUUAUUAAAAUACCAAAUAGAGAACUGUGAAAUUGCUUUAACGGCAGGUCCAGUUGAAAAUGAGGAUGUGGAGUGCUUAGUGAUUCCGACUGAUUCUGGAUACACUAAUAUAAAGUAAAGCGAUAGACCUAGUUUUAAAUAAAUAAACGAGAAAUGUGUUUAUGUGGCCGGGAGUAAAAAACGCAAGAGCUAGAUUUUUGUAGUCGUCAUGGACAAGAAUUACGCAGUGAAAAAUGAUGAUGGAGAAGAUGAGAAACAAACUAUAUAUGCUGUAGUUCAAGAGGCUCUCAAAUUGGCUGAAUAAAAACAAAUGAAAUCAGUUGGAUUUCCAGUAUUUGAAUCUAAAGAUCAUACGACUUCAGCCACAAUCAUGUUGAUGGCUAUUAAACUGACUAUAACUGAGUAAAAAAUAAAAUCACUUAAACGAAUUGCAAUAACUCUUGAUGUAUCAAUUGAUGUCUAAAUAUAUAAGCAUAUUGAACAAGUUAGCAGUUUUAAAUGGGUAUUUCAAUAGGUUUUCAAAGGAAGUGAAUAGUUAAGAUAUUCAAGAACCUACUCAAGCUCGAUAAAUACACAAAUAGAUUCGAUCUCUAUUGAAAAUUUACAGUCUAGGGUAAAAAGUAAUACCAAGGAAGAAACACCUUGA